AUGAUACUCGAUUCGCACCUUACUCAAUUGUUCAUCAACAACCAGUUCCUUACACCCACCAGAAUCUCCGUCUAUAACCCAGCAGAUGGCACCCUCGUGAGCGACUCAAUUCCCAUUGCUGGCGAGGCCGAUGUCGACCAAGCCAUUGAAGCAGCUCAGCGGGCAUUUGCGCCAAAAUCUGAAUGGCGUAGCAUGGAUGACUUUGCCCGCCAGAAGGUUCUCCUGAACUUUGCGGAUUUAAUCGAGGAAAAUCAAGAAUAUCUAGCGUCCCUGACGAGAGUCACUUUGGGUGCACCUUACAACCCAUUUGGAAAAGCGGAGAUCGACACCGCCAUAGGUUGUUUUAGAUAUUAUGCGGGAUGGGUUGGCAAGUUUGCCGGUCAAAGCUUUCCAGCUACAGAUGGUUUUUACAAGGUCGUCCGAAAUGAGCCUUUGGGAAUCGUUGCAGGCAUCAUUCCAUGGAAUGGCCCGCUAGCAUCGAUAGGCCUGAAAGCCGCGCCUGCACUGGCGACUGGAAAUGUGUUCAUAUUAAAGCCAAGCGAGAAGACUCCGCUCGCUGCUGCCGCCCUCGGAAACCUUGCCGUAAAGGCUGGAUUUCCACCAGGAGUCUUCCAGGUUUUGACAGGAGAUGGCAGCACGGGUGCGAUUCUGGCGAGUCAUAUGAAGAUUGCCAAAGUAAGCUUCACUGGCAGUGUGCCAACAGGUAAACAUGUUCAAGUUCUUGCGGCAAAGAGUAACCUGAAACGCGUCACACUUGAACUUGGAGGCAAAAGCCCAGCAGUGGUGUUUGAUGAUGCGAAUCUGGAAAAUGCCGUGAAGUGGUGUGUGAACGCAUUGACAACCAACUCGGGUCAGAUUUGUUUCGCUGCGACCCGGGUAUAUGUUCAAGACGGCAUUUAUGACAAAUUCUUGUCAGCCUACCGCAAGGCAUUCGAAGCCAAGCAAGAGAAGAUGGGGGACCCAGGCAGCUCUAAUUCAGAGAUAGGCCCUGUUGUAGAUCAAGCUCAGUAUGAAAGGAUUUUGGACGUCAUAGCGACUGCCAGGAAGACCAAUGAUGGCAGACUAUUACAAGGAGGAGAGCCAACACCUUCCAAAGGAUAUUACAUUGAACCUGCCAUUUUCUUGGACACAGGGGCUGAUUCCGUCAUUGCUCGGGAUGAGAUUUUUGGACCGGUUGUGGUUAUUAAUCGCUUCAAAUCGGAGGAAGAGGUUAUCGAACUUUCGAACUCAUCCAAAUAUGGCCUAAUGGCUGGUGUCUUUACGCAGGAUAUUAACCGGGCUCUCCGAUUGAGUGAAGCCUUUGAUUCAGGGGUUGUCGGUGUCAAUUGCAUCAGCACCAUUCAUUUUUCAUGUCCGUUUGGUGGGACGAAGGAAAGUGGCGUUGGGCGCGAACUUGGUGUUUAUGCUCUACAUGCUUACACUGAGCCGAAGACAGUUCUGAUCAAUCUCGGUUACUGA